AACUUCUGUAGGAUUUACCAAAGCUAUUUUACCUUUCCAUACUUAACGUCGCGUUGCCCCUACCAACUAAACACUGUAUUUGCAAUGCUAUCCUUUGCUGGAUGCUCGUAUGCACUGCCAUAACUCAUGAACUUCAGCUUUGGCUCCGGCAAUGGAGCAAAAGGAGAUUGAACCUUUUGAGAACUCGUUGCCGUCUUGGCCAAAUUUUGACGAGGGCGACGCAGACGACGAUGACGACGAAUAUAAGGCAGACAGCGAUGCAGAGGUUGACGAUAGCGAUACAGACGACGCUGAUGAGCAGGAGGCGCUUCCUCAGGAGGAAGAUUCAUUGCAUCUAUCGGACUUCGCUGACGAUGUCUUAGAUAGCCUGGAGGAGAAGGUGCUGAGCGACAGCGAGUGUGUUGAAAGCGAUGCCGAGGAUGAAGACGAGGAGGCCGGCCUCGAUCCGACCGCUUCUCAGCAGCAGGACUCAGCAGCACCAGUGGAACCUGACCUCGAAGCAACUUCAACAUGGUCCUCGCAGCAGCAUCAGCGCCCGCCACGUGUGAGGUCUGCCCGCAAGGCAAAGCAGCCGGGCAAAGAACGGGACACAUCGUCAACGCCGCGAGGGCGGCGGGCUGGGGGGUCGGGGGCCCCCGCCGCCGCCCCCAACCACCAUCGGCACAAGCCGGCGCUUGCGACUGUACCCGAAGACGGCACUCUGGAGCGUCCGGGUCAGCCGCCGCCGCAGCAGCAGGGCCAUGGUCAUGGGAACUUGCCUCCGUGGGACGGUGGCCAGGAUGGGCAGGUUGACGCCACGCCUCGUGCGCAGCAGCAGUUGUCGCAGGGUCUUGACGGUGACGCUAUGCUGACACCGCAGCAAGAGCAUGCGGCGGGGUUUGGGGGAGGCCGCCAGGCGGCAUCUCGGGCGGAUUUGACGCCUCAACCGCAGCAGCUGCAGGCGCAUGGCCGGCACCUGCCUCCUCUGCAGGAACAGACGCCCGUAAGCAAUGGACGGUGUCAGCAGCAGCAACAGGCGCACGGAAGCAGUCAGGGGGUAUGCCCUGCUGCCGACCCGCCUUGCGGCCAGGUACCUCCCAUGGGCGACCUGCUUGGUGCCGCGGGUGCUGGCGCCGGCAGCGGUGCUCCACACAAUGCCGAACAGCUUAAGCAUCAACGCACGCAGCAGCAACAGCAGUUCACUCAGCCGCCACAGGCGCAUCCACAGGGCCCAGGCGCAGCAGCUGGCGAGGCUGUUGCCUGGCCGUCUUCUGGUGGCAUUUGCCGGCGCACGCGCGCGCAUGUGUCGCUGCGGGAUGUGGAUCUUGAGGAGCUGGAGCAGCAGCUGCCGGAGUAUGUGGACAUGGAGGAGAUUGAGCUGGCGGAAGACGACGAGGAGUACGGCAAAUUCCUGCAGUCGCUCUUUGACGAGACAGCUUCCCUGCCCGAGGACAGCUCGGAUGAAGACCCGGAUUUUAUGGCGGAUCUGGAUCUCGAUUUCGACGAGGGCAGCAACGCAGGCACCCAGAGCGGCGACGGCGAGUGGAUGCGGCUGUUGAACGGCUCCACGCGGCGUGACGGCAGGCUGCGGAACGGUGGCGACGGGGGAGGUGCGGAUAGUCCUGCACGGAGGACACGGGCUCGUUCUAGACGCCAGACAGGUCGCAGCAGUAGGAGCAACUCCUCGGGUGGGGCGGGACCCUCGAGCGGGUCCGUGGGCAUCACGGGGGAGCAGCUCUCCACGCUGCAUGCGCAGCUGCACUGCCACAGCCAGAUGCUGGUGCAGAUGUACGCCCUGUUGUCUUUGGACAGGGACUUGGAGGCGCAGCAGCUGGCGGCAAAGACCGAUACUCUCAUCCAGCGGCUCAUGACGGCUCGGGACGCGCAGGGGUCCGCACGACAGGGGCUGGGCCUGCCCGCCUUCACAGCCGAGGACCUCUGUCGCCCCGCACCUCCGCCCGCACUGCUGCUGCCCCAACAGCUGACCUCCGGGGCAGCUGCAGCCGCCGGCACGAACCCCACUGCCACGGGGCCUGCUACCGGCAGCGAGGGAGGCGUGCCUGCGGAUGGCCUCGCUGAAGGUGCUGCUGCGCCUACUGGUGUUGCUGCCCCCGCGAUGACUGCCUCCAUGCAAGCCCUGCCUUUUGGCGUGGGUGCUGCUGCUACCGCUCCCGCCACAACCGCAGUCUUAGCAGCAGCCAACCCACAUGGCGCCUACGGAGCGUAUGGUGCGUACGAUGGCAUGGAGGCCACGCGAGACGACGCAGGCAGCAACAGCGCCGCAGCUGCGGUGGCAGCGGCCGGCAGCGCCGCUGCCGACUUGGAUUGUGACCUGGCUGCCGGCGCCGUGGCGGCAGGCAUCCCAGCAUUUAAGGCUGCGGCGGCGGCUCGGAGCACGGCGUUGGGUGCGGCCAUUCGGGCGUUUCGGCCGGCUUGGUGGCCCGGGCCUAGCGGGGAGGUCUGGUCGGUGCUGGAUGUGGUGCCGCUGAGGAAGUUUCCGGAGGUGCAGGAAGCCCUGCGUGCGCUGCCGCCCAUGCCCAUCAGCGCUCUGCAGGAGCAGCGGGAGCUGCUGGCAUCAGCCAAGGACAAGCGGAAGAGCCGGCGGCGGCGGGGCUGCGACCCGCUGGUCACUGCCACAGAGUACAUUCAGCCGGCGCUGCAGUGCUUGCAGGGUCAUCUCGCAGUGGCGCUGCUGUACGCGCCCAGCCCGCCCGUGCCGCCCUCCUACUGGACCAACUCGGAAGACGAGCUGCUGAUGUACGGCAUCGCCCGGUACGGCUCCAAUUGGCGCCGCAUUGCGGGUACGCUGUUGCCAUGCCGCAACUCGACGCAAGUCGCCAACCGCCACAAGAACAUCAACGCGCGGGGUCGCGUCAUGGACCACGUGCUGGCGCUGGCUCAGGGGGCGCACCAUGGGGCGGGAGCCGCCGCAAGUCAGCCUGGAGCGGGUCCCGAGGCCGCUGCACCCCAUGCACUUCGCGCGGGGGCUGAGGGAGGUGCAAGGCUUGCGGCGGGGGCUGCUGCCGCACGGGUUGGUUUCGGAGCCGGUGGAGCGAAUGGAACCCUGGCUGGAACAGGCGGUGCUGCAGCCGCAGCGGGUGGACGUAAAGGGAAGGCGUCUUCGGGGGUUCUAGCGAAAGCCAAGGACCCAAGUGGUGCAGCAGCGGCUGCUGUGUGCGGGACUGCUGCCCAGCAGCAACAGCAACAGCCACACAUGCAACAGGCGCAGUUGCCGGUUCCUGGCGCCACCAACGCAUUUGGAUUGGGAGCGGCAGCAGCAGCUGGCACCACAGCAGCAACCACGGUGGCAGCAGGCGGAGGUGUUGCGAACGCUCCCAGCAUUGUGCCGCCCAUGCACCCCGAUCUGGUCGCCCUGGUCAACGCCGCACGCAACCUCGGCUUGCCGCCCGCUGUCGCAGCUGCGCAAAUCCUGCAAAUGCAGCAGCAACUGCGGCUGAACCAGCAGCAGCAGCAACCGCCGCCGCGGCCCGCACCCGCUCCUCAGGUGCCGCUGCCAAUCGCCAUGCAGUUGGUGGCCCAGCUGCAGAAGCCGGGCGGGGCCAUGGCUGCACGGCUGCUAGCAGCACAGCUGCAGGAGCCUUCAACCGCGUCCGCUGCUGUCACAGCCCUCCAGCUGGCUUCCCAGCAGCUCCUGCAGCAACAGCAACAGCAGCCUUCUAGUCUCUUGGCAGCACUGGCUGCGGCAGCUGCAGCCUCUGGGCAAUCGGUAGCAGGCAUGGGUGCGGGUGUCAGCGGCGGCGGCGGAGCGGUAGCAGCGGUGCUUGGCGGAGGGGUAGAUCCAGCUACCACGAACGGGCUUUCUGGACUUAGCGCUGGCUUAGCGGCACCGGUUGCGAGUGCAACAACUACGAGUGCUGCAGCUGCCGCUGGUGGCGGUGGUGCGGCGGCAUCGCAGCAAUCGUCGCUGCUGUCUGUGGCCGCUCAGCUGUUGCAGGUCGGCGCAAAGCCCGUGGUGGUGACGCCGUCGCUCGUGCACCUGCAAGUCCCACCGCAGCUCGCCAUGUCUGAGCCCCAGGUUAUUCCCUUGGCGGGUCCGCUGGCUGGCAUGAAGCUGCCUAUCUCAGCAGCCGCGGCUGCAGCGGCGGCAGCAGCCGUGCAGUUACAGCGUCAGCAAGGAAACCCAACGCUGCCGACGCAGGGAAUGCCCGUAGCACCUCCUGACGUUGCCGCUGCAGCAGCAGCGGCUGCUGGGGCCGGCAUGCAGGCGGCCUUACCGCUAGGGUCGGGGACGUCCGCCGCCGUUGCCGAUCCUUCGGGUCACGGCACAGGCGCGUUGUUCACCGGGCAGGGAGGCGUUGGUUCGUCGCAUGCAGGCUCGAUGCUGCAGCUCAUGUCCUGUGGGAGUGGUCCGGCAAUAGAGCCCUACGCCCCACCGCCGCCGUGGCAGCAGGAGGAGGACGAUGACUCCAGAAUGCCCUGGUCGCCGCCCCGGUCACCAUCGCCGCCGCCACUAUCACCACCGCUGCCCCAUGCAGCAGCAGCCCCACCGCACGUUGCAGGGGAGGAGAUACCUGUGCCCCACGGAGCAUCAGGCUUCACGCCAGCUGGGCAUCCGCACUUGACCGAUGGUGCUACCUCCGACACCGCUCUCAUACCACCACACACCGCUGCUGGGCCCCACAUGGGCUUUGCGCCGGCUCCCCCUAUGCUUCCGGGCAUGGAAGCGCAGCAGCACAGACAACAGCUGCAGCCGCAUGCGCACGCGCUCCCUCCUCGGCCGCCGCUGAUUCCCCAUUCAGGCAGCCUUCGAGACCGCCGCCGCAGUCGCGGCCCCAGCCCGGAGCCGCUACACCAGCUACACCACCACCAUCAUGGCACCCCUGGUGGAGGUUUCAGCCUCCUGCCACCUGAUCCCUUCUCUUCCAAUCUGCCUCCCGGAGUGCCCAUGCACCCGGGAAGCACCGCGCUGCCACCCGCCUUGCCCAGCCUCUCGGACAACUUCACACUAAACGGGCUGUCGGACAUGCUUUGCGCCGGCUUGAAGUCUGGCGCCGUCACGCCGGCGACGUGCCUGUCACCACAGGCCGGCACCAUGUCCGUGUUCUCUCAUGGUGGUACCAUGUCCUUGCUGCUGGGAGGAAGCUUGUGUCUGUCUUCGUUGCUUCAGGGCGACGGCGGCACGCCGACAAAGACCACGGCCGAUGGCACCACUGCUGACGCAGACGCGGACGAGGAAGCUGCUGUCGCAGGCUAUCGUAAUAAUAGGCACAGCGAGGGCACUGCCACGGUUACGGAGGUAUGCGAGCAGGAGGCGAGAGGUCUGCAAUCGCCGCGACCGCCGGCAUGUAACCAGCUGGCGCACCAACAGGAUCAGCCGCAUGCUCAGCUGGCAGAUCCUCGACUGGCCGCAGCGGCAGCGGCAGCAGCAGCAGCGGGAGCUGCAACAGGCGCCCUGCAUCAUCAGCUGCGCUCGCCCGCAGCCAAGCAGCUCUUUAGUCCCACCAGCCCUGUAGCAGCAGCGGGAGGCGUGCGGCAACGGCUGAUGCUAGGUGGGGAUGCGCCACCCUCGCACCGAGCCCUGGCGUUGCUGCGAGGCGUGGUGGAUGUGACGCCUUCAUCGGACCCGAAAGCGAAGCGGCGCAGUCGUAUCGCCGCCGCAGGGUUGGCUGCGGACCUCGCUCGACGUGAGCUCCAGCUAGCAGAGGUGGAACCCAGUCCUUUCGAGGGGACCGCGCAGAACGACCAGCUUGCGGGCGGCGGCAGCGACGGAUCCGGUCGCCAUCAACGGCGGCGGGAGGGGUUCCUGGAUGAUGCCGAGGGCAAGGGCGAGGGCCCACACCGCUCAAGGAGAACGUUGUUUGGCGAUAAUGACGGGGCAGGGACGGGCGAUGGCGAGGCUAGUCGGGGGUGUCCUUCACCGGAGGCGGCAAAGGAGGCUCAGCCGGCGGCAGAAGCUGCGGGUGGUGGUGAUGUGGAGGAGACAGAGGAGGCGCAUGACGGUGGGCUUGAACGCGUGCGAAAGCGUUUGCGUUUGCUUGAAGACGACGCGCAGCAGCAACAGCAGCAACGCAUCCAUCACCAGGUGCAUGCGGCCGCGGCGGCAGGAGCGCCCUCGCAGUUGGCAAUUCCGGCGAUGCAGUCGGAGGCACAGCCGCCGGCAAAUCGAAGGCAGGCUGCGCAGAAACAGGUGAAAGCCGUUGCUGCAGUUGAGGAUGCCGCGUCUGGCGAGCGCGACGGCGCCGUUGCUGGCGUUGCAAUUCCUGCAAGGGAUGGCUGCGUCCUCGGCAACGGCGUUCGGGAGCAGCCGGGCAUUCACCAGGAGCCACAGUCGACGGUAGCGGCAGGCGGCAAGCGACGCACCGGGUUGACGUCAGCAGCCGCAGCCACAUGCGCUGCGGAUGCGACAACAAAGCGCGCUCGGCCUUUUGCUCCUGCUGCUGUUGCGGUGGCGCCCGCAGGAGGUCAGACGGCGCCGACCGAAGCACCUGUUGUCGCUGAUGACACAGCAGGCGCCGUAACAACCCACCAUACGGCACAGGCGCAAGGCCAGGCGGGUAAGCUUACUGGGCACAAACGAGGCAGGUCUGGAAGCAGCGGCAGCGGAAGCCGACAAGCGGCAGACAAGGCAACCGCCGCGGCGCAUCUUGAAGCGGCCCAGUCUAAUACUUCUUCUCCCGUGGAACGAGUCACCGCUGCUGCCGUCGCUCCUGACAAGCCCGGCGCAGUGGCAGGCAUGUCUGCGGCAGCCGCCGCUGCUUGCAAGAACCCAACCAUGCAGGCUGCGCCCGAACAUGCAUGCCCUGCUAGCGCUGCUGCUACCGGCGGCGGCGCCGUUGCUGCUUCACGCCCGCCCAAGGCUCCAGCGCGGAACAAGGGAGCUGCCACAGCUACACAUCAGCGUGCACCCCAGGCCGCCGCUGCUGCUGCCGCCGCCGCAGCAACAGCACGUCCGGGUACCGACGCCAGCAACAAUGACGGCGCUUUCGUGCCGUCAACCUCCCCGCAUCCGCCCUUGCCACCCCGUCCCCGACCUCUUGAACCGCUGCCAGGCACCAACGGCCACAACUAUACCGCCAGCAGAGCGGUAGAAGAUGACGAUGCUGCCGCAGGCGGGCUAUCCCGUGUGAACAGCUCAACAGCAUUAGCGCUCGGUGACACCUCACCUGGCGGCGGAUUAAGCGGUUUGCAAUCCAUCUUGUGCGGUGGCGGCGUCGACACGCUUGGCGGAACGAUGGACAUUGUGUCGUUGCUGCCGUCCAUUAGCACCCGCAGCCUUGCGGCAAUUGAGGCAGGCAUGGGCUCGCCUACGCCGCCGCCGCCGAUGCGGCCGCUGCCCGGUGCAGCUACCGCAAGGGCUGGAGCCGUGGUGUCUCCCACGGCCGGAACCGCGGGCGCCGCGGCAGCUGGUGCUGCGACGUUGCCGGGAUUCUUCAGCGGUGUUGGUGGCGCAGGCGGGUUUCUUUCGCCCCCGCAAAGUCAGAUGCUUCGCAUCUCGCCGCUUGCUCAGAGCGCAAACACGUUGAACACGCUGGACAUGUUCCCGCUGUUCAGCAACACGACGGACCUCUGGCAGGUGUUGCAAGCGGAUUCGGCCUGCGGCGCGGCGGCCUGCGGCGGCGGCGGCGGCAGCGCCGCGGCAACACGAGGGCCUGCAGGGACGCGGGUGGCAGUGGGCACGACAGCGGGCGGCGACGGCGCAGAUGAAGGCACCUGCGCCAAGGCGCCGGCGGCAGGGGCGACGCAGGCGCUAGGCAGCGAUGCAUGGACACGCUUCAUGGCGUUCUGCAGCCCUUCUGCCCAACAUCCCAACUCUGGAACCGCUGCUGCCGCCGCUGUUGGUGCUGCCACAACCGGCCCGCACAGAACCGAGCGCUCAAACAGCGCUUUCCAACCCUAUAUAAGCGGCGGAGGUGACGCCGCGCGUGGAACAUCUGUGGCUUGCGAUGCCGGCCGCAGCCGCGACGGCUUGAGCAGACCCUUCGUGUCAACAGCAGCAGUGGCUGCUGACAAGGACGCUGAGGCCACCGCUGCAGGCGGCGCAGCAGCAGCCUCCGUCUGUCUUGCCAACGUCGCUUCGCAGCCCCAUUCGCAACGCCAUGCGCCCGUGGCGACGCCCGAUGGCCGCCCAGCUGACGCAGACGCUCCCAUGCUUACCGGGGACGUGAGGACGACGCUUCCGGGGUCAGGCGCGGCGCCUGCUGACCAGCAGUUGGCGAAUCCGCCUUCACAGGUGGUAGUGGAGCCACUUGUUACGGCGCAGGUGCAGACCCAGGUCGCUGUGAAACCCAUGGAAGCGGCGGACGCAGGCCCGGUCGUCCCGCCUGCUGCCGAGCCGCCCAACGCACAGCCGCAGCGGUUGGAAGCUGCCGCCGCUGCAGCUGCUGCUCCGCCUGUUGUUCCAGGCAUCUUCUUGCCGCCUCUGACGCUGCCGUCCGCGCUGCAAAGGCGUGCAGCCGCGGCUGGGUUGGCGCCCGCUGAGGCGCCUGCUCCUGCUCCACAGCCGGCUGGCGAUGGAUCCGAUCCUGCCUCUGAGACGGUGUGCCUGUUUGGGCGAACGGUUAGCAAGCCGCCUCCGUUUGCCAGCCCUACCAUGCCAUCGGCUCGUGCGCUGCCGCGACGGUUCGAGUUGUCCGCUGCCGUGCAACCUGGCUCAGCGGCGGCGCAGCAACAUCAGCCGCCCCACACGUUACCUGCGGAGCAUGAUGGGCAAGAAGACCACCCUGCUACCACUUCCGUCAUGGCCGGGUCGAUUACCGCGGCCUUGGCAGCCGCUCCCAGCACGGCAGUACAUGACGACCCCGACGCCCCAAAGUCCAACCAGCAACCAGCCAUAUUGUCACCUUUGUUCACACCUGCACAUGGGCCCGGCGGAGGGCUAAGCCGCAACGCCGCAGCGGCCGCGGCUGCUGCUGCUGCCGCCGGCGGCGGCUUCUCCGAAACUCCCCGCUGGCAGGCGCCGCCGCUCGCUCCGGUGGCUGGCGCGGGUGCUCCGACACCGGCCUGCCCACCAACAGCCGUCGCCGGUGCCUUCCCCAUGGGGCGCUUCCAGCAAACCCCGGGCACGGAUCUGCACGGUUCCGUCGCUGUGGCAGCGCCCCUGUCGCUGACGCCUCUGCCGCCAGACGUUGCCGCCGCCGGACGCAGCUUCGCCCACGGCGCCCGAGGGGCGCUCGGACGGGUGGCUGCAUGGGACCCCCGGAGGCUGGACGCUGUGGCUCCCUGCACGUCCGAUUGGGCUUGUAAUGAUCCAGGACGGGGCAGCGGCGCCACAUGCCCUCCAAAGCGGCGUGGCGGCGCCGGCGCCGCCGACACCCCCGGCAAUGUCACAUGCUACAGCCACGUGGCAAAGCCUACGCGAUUCGCCAUGGCGGCAGACAACUCAGCUGCUACUCCUUGCGCCCCGGUGCUGCAUCAGCGGCUGACGUCGCCUGGGGUGGCGCCGGCGCUGAUGCCGUCAGAAACAGGGCCUGACGCCGACGACUCUCGUGAACCGCCUCCUGAGGGCGAUGAACAGGGGGAGGUGGAAGCGGACGAGACGGAGGCUGCAGAGGAGGAGCAGGAGGAAGCGCUUGUGGCGGAAGCUCACGGCAACGACGGCGCUCAUGAAGGGGAGCAGCCGCAGCCACAGGAGGAGGCUGGGGUGCCAGACGGGGACGACGAGUCUGCUGGGAAAUACCACAACCAGAACGGCGCUGGUGGCGGCGGCGCUGAGCAACCCAUCGAGGCACAUGCGGGCGCAUCCAAGGGUGCUGCUGCCGCUGGCACCGCCGCCCCGCAGACGGAUGGCGACUGGAGCAAGGAGCAGGACCAGCUGAUCAUGCGGGCAAUCUUCAUGUUGGGUCAGGGCCCUGCAACCUGGCAGAGCAUCUGGCAGCAGCUGGGCGGGUUGAGGAGUCUGGAGGAGGUUGAGCAGCGAGGGAAGCAGCUGGUGGCACGGAUGAUGUCUAUGAUGCUGUGAGGGGGGCCGGCAGGGUGGGAGGUUGGGGUUGCCAUGGUGGUUUUGAGGGUGGGCCAUGUGUGGCAGGAGCUUUGGGGAGGGCUGCUGCAUGGGAGGGGCCGUUGGCAAGAGCUUCCUCCUGCUGAGUUGAUGACCCAUAAGAACACAAUUGCAUUGCUAACCUGGUUGCAUUUCUAAUGGACCAAAAUGAGUUUACUCCUUUGUUCCUGGAUUUACUUGUAUAUGAGGAGAUAUUAUGACGUGUAGAUCCUAGUGAACGCACCUAAACGAAUCGACGUGUGUGUAUGGUGUCGACUUCAUUGUGUUGGGCCGCGUACGCAAUUAGGACGGGGAUGGCGUUUUAACGUCCUCUUUGCUGGAGACUUGAAAACACUGUGGCUGGCUAUACGACACACCAUGCCAUGGCAUGGGGCUCUAGGACAUUCUUGGACUUAGUGGUGGUGAGGUUGGUUAAUGGUGGACAGUGUGCCUGAAGUGACGAGGCCUACAAAGGGAGCCUCUGGGGAUAAAGCGGAGAAGGCGGCAGUUGUUGGACGCCAACUGCCACGAUGCAUAUCUCGUGCCAGUACCGUUGCAGGACUGAGCAUUGUUAUGUACUAAUAUCUUGACGUUUAGCUAGACGUUUGGUAUUCAAGGCCUGCGCCACAGGAACAAGGUAAGGCCAACGGUAAUUGACGAAGGAAGGAGUUAGUUGCAGGCUUGGGGUUGAUGUUUUUGUGGGGGCUAUUGUUGGAAUCGGUUGAGCUUCUUGUUUGUGGGCUUCAACUCUGGGUGGUCGUGUGGAGAAUACCCGCCGUGAAGCGUGGGUAGCGCUGUUUGCUGCGCACGUCUGGUUUUUCCCUCUCUUCCUGCGCGAUCUGGUGGUUCCUCAUACUUUGGACAUAAGCAUGCCGCAUUCUGCUGUGUUCGGCCUCACCGUGUAUUUAGAGUAAGACUCAUCAUAUACAGGCCCUAGUUGUGCCUUAUGAGUCAUGAGAGAACUUGCCCACAUCAUUUCCAUGUAAAGAUGCGUUUAUGGAUGUUGACGACGUUUCACCCAAACUGCG